GAACGCUGACGAAUGUUCACGGCUCGCGUUAGAGUAUCGGCGUCGUCACUCGCGUGCUUUGUAUCAUUCGGUCAAUUUUUUUUUUAACGUGUGAGUCACGAUCUAUCGUGUUACGGAUUCAGUGAUCAAGGCUCGUGUGAUAACGCUCACGUGUACGAGAAUCGCUCGUACGUCGGUUUAACCGUCGAUUUCAGUUUCUUCGUUUUCUGCGUUUUUCCCCCCUCUCCGGUUUAUCGAUGGACACGUCUGUCGGUUAUCACGCUACUACGGAGACGUCGGCGGCUGGAACGAUGGUGUCAUCUAAUCAGCCGAGGAAAACAAAAAUAUUUGUUGGCCGGUUGCCGGAAAAUUGUCGUAACGAUGAGUUACGGCAAUUGUUCUUGCGCUUCGGUGAGGUGACCGAAUGCGACGUGAUGAAUCGAUAUGGCUUCGUCCACAUGGCACGAGAGGAGGAUGCAGCUGCGGCGAUCAAGGCACUUCACAAUUCCAACUUCAAGGGGGCAACAAUCAACGUGGAACAGUCAACUGGAAAGUCACGCGGAGGCGGAGGAGGACGCCGAGAUGACAGAAGAGGUGGACCAAUGAGAGGUGGUAGGGGGGGACGAGACGGUGGUAGAGACGCUCGUCCUGGACCAUACAAUGAUAGAAGAGUUCUUCCGAUCCAACUCGUUGGUUACGAUGGAUCUGCUGCAGGUGGCGUCGCGACCGGGUACACCGAUUACAAUCGCGGGGCUGGUGACUUUAGCGGCCGUGGGGCGGACUUUGGUGCCGGCUACGGCGAUCGCGGAGCUUAUGGUCAGAACGUGGGUGGCGCAGCGAUGGGUUACACUUCGACGGCACCGGGGAUGGGCGGUGGAUACGGACCAGCUGCAGGUGCUGUGGGAGGAUAUGGACCAACUGGCGCGGCAGACUAUGGACGAACAGCUGAUUAUGGUCGCGCCGACUUCGGUGCUAGAACAGACUAUGGAGUUGGUGGAGGCAUGGCCGGAGAUUUCAAUCGUGGCGCACCUGGCCCAGUAGAUUAUGGUCGUACUGAUAAUUUCGGUGCCAGUCGCACAGUCGAUUAUACAGCGAGAAAUGAUUAUGACCGAAGUGCGGCUGGACCGAUGAGAAACGGUGGUGCUGUUGCUACUACUGGGUAUGGAACUGGGUACACUGAUGUGGGAUAUGAUGAAAGCCACUGGCCAAUGAGCACUGGACCUAGCUACAGCACAGGGGCACCUAGUUACAGCACUGGUCCAGGACCACAAGCUGAUAUGUUUAGUAGAAGACCUGGCAGUGCCGUGCCCAGUGGCGGAUAUCCACCAGUUGCUAGCGGCUAUGCCGAGGGAUAUGACAGACCCGAUGCGUAUGGUCCUCCACGUGGCGGCGGACGCUUCCCAGGUCCGGCAGACGCGAUGCCACCGAGGUACUAAACAUGUACUAAACGCACUAGCGCAUGCGAAAGGCGACCGAAAAAAAACAAAAACCGUAAAAAAAAAGAUCAGCCUUUUAGCAGCGAUCACUCGCUUAUCGGACUCGAUUACCUAGGAAUUGCCGUCUGCGUUCGUCGUUGAGUCCACGAUAAUUAUAAUGAAAACUAUAUAAAACUUACAAUAGAACGUAACGUUUAGUUGUAUCGUAAAGUACGGUAAGAAUAAGAAAGAUAUCAAUAGAGAAUAUAUAAACAAUUAUUUGAA